AUGAAGAAAAAUUGCAAGAAAGUUACAUUCGAGAACAAAAUUCUUGAUGACAACAUCCUUACAUCGGAGGGGUCAACUUCCAGCUCGGAUGACUCGACAUCCAACUCGGAUGAGUCGACCUCCAAUUCGGAUGAGUCGACCUCCAGUUCGAAUGAAUCGACCUCCAGCUCAGAGGAGUCUACCUCAAGUUCGGAGAAGUCGACCUCCAGUUCAGAAGAAAUUACCUACGGCUCGGAGGAGUUGACCUCUGGUCAACGUACGAGUACUAUAUUAAUCUCGAAGGAGCCAACCACUUGCCGAGAUUCUACCGGUAAAUAAUCGAAUUUUUAGAUUAAGAUUUGAUAGUUAACAGAAAAAAAUAUAUCAAUUAUACUAUAUACGGUAAUAAAAAAAUGGUUAUCUAAGAUACACACGAUCAGUAUUUCGUUGCUUACGACGCAAUUUGUAUUUGUUUUUGUCAAAGGCUAGAAAUUAAUUCAAUUGUUUUCAAAACAAAAUUACUAAUCGGUAAUACUGCAAGUUGUUCUAUUUUAAUUUAUAUUUUUAAUUUCAUAUGUUUAUUUAUAUAUUUGUAUUAAUUUGUGUACUAUACAUUUUUCUUUUCUUUCUAAUAAAAAUUUACCGGAUUUCAUGAAAUUUACAUUGGUCAUUUAUUUAUCUUUGAUUUUACAACACUCUAACACUCUGAAAAAUGAUCAUCUAUGUAUAUAGUACGACCCGUUCUAUAUCUUAUGUUAUUAUUGCUAAUUUCCAUCAAUAAAUUAUAGAUAAAAUUGUAAAGAAGAAGGAUCUGGUCGAUCCAUCAGAUAUUGAAGAGGAAAUGUUUAAAAAUGACAGGGAAAUGAAAGCAUAUGUAGACAAUGCAUACUUCUUGGAAUUCCAUAACUACAAGAAUGUUUUUGAAGAUAAUUAUCCCGAUGUAUGUAAAUUGGAUUUACAAUUUAAGAAUAAUAUUGGAAGUAUAGAUUUUCCCAGAAGCAAAGAAGGUAAUAAAAUAAUGGCAAUUCAAAAUAGCCUACUUAAAAUAGCUCAGUUUUGUAAAUAAAUUUGACCAGAAUCUGUUUUAUCACUUUUUUUACUGUAUAUCAGUGGCAUAACCUUGAGAGGGAGGGGGGAGGUAAUAGGUGAAUUUGAAACCAAUACAAGGACGUUUUUUGUAUAUUGCAUUGUUUUUCUUCUUGUCAUAUAUUUUUGUGAAACAAGGUAUUUAAUAUUCCCCCUCUUCACUUAAAUUUAUUCAGGUAUGUCAAAUUUGUACAUUAUAUUUUAGGUAGUCGUCAAUAAAAGAGGAAAGAUUGAUAAGAAAAGGUGAUAGGGGAUUUUCAAGAUUAUUAAUAUGUACCUGAGAAAAUAUCUUAUUUUUUAAAAAAAAAUGUUUAGAUAUUAUAUUUAUUUUGCUUAUGAUAAAAUAUUACAUAAACUAUUUUAUAAUAUUAUAUAAUCUACCAUUUAAGUUCUUAUCAUUGCAUAUUUCCCAUACUUUAAUAAGUAUUAUACUUGCAGGGUAAAUAAUUGAAAUUUCAGAGUUUGAAGAUAUUUUUAAUAUGUGAUAAUGCUAAACUCUGACACACUCUUCCGCCCAUUUUUGUACUUCGUUUUAACUUACUAAACAUUUUUUUAUAAUAUUUGGUGUUAUAAUUGUUAACUUAUGAUGUGAGAUGUGAGCUCCAUAAAUUUUUCCGAAUUUGUAUGUCAUUCGGUAAAUGUAUUUUAUUGUUGUUAAAAUCGAAUGAUUGCUCAUUUUAAACGGAUUCACAGGUCUAAUAGCAUUAAUAACUUAACUGUCAUUUUAUGAUCAAUAGUUUACAAACAGUAUUUUGUUGUCAUCACAUAAUUUUUUAUUUGUUUUUGUCAGAGGUUUGCCAAUAAUUUUUGGUAGUUGUUUUCAAAGCAUCAUAAAUAUCAAUAAUACUUCAAGUUGUUCUGUAUUCUAUUUCAAAUUAUUUAUAUUGCUUAUUUUAUUUGUAUAUUUGUAUUAUUAUAUGUAUUAUAUAUUUUUAUUUUUAUUUUAUUUCUAACCAAAAAUUUACCUGAUUUAAUGAAAUUUACGUUGUGCCACUUAUCUAUAACGGGAAUAUCAUCAUUGCUGUAUCCCAACUACUCUUGCAUCCCUUAACGGUGACGUCUAUAAGUAACCGCAAAUAUUAUAAUGUUUUUUUUUUUGUAGUUUAUGUAUUUUUGAUAUGCUAAUUAAUAUAAAUAAUUAAGUGUAGUUUCUUAAUUAAUCUAAGAAAAAAUGUUUAGAAAUUCGCGAUGUUGUUUAAUUUUUGAUUUAAUAAUAACUAGAUACAAAUAUUUCAGCGUGUAUUAUGGAGGACUGCGACAUAAUUGUCACUUUAGGGAACGGAAAUAUUAAUGAUUACACCUCCAAGAAGAAGAAGUCUACCUUCAUGUUCAAUAAAUCGACCUCCAGGAGUCAUAAUGCCUACACUUUGAAAAAGUUGAAAUCCAAUCGACAUUUCACUGGUAAAUAACCGAAUUUUCUAACCAAAAAUUGAUAGCUAAUUUAAAAAUACAUCAAUUAUACAACAAACAGUAAUAUAUAAGUUAUCUGAGAUCAUAUUACACUUUAUUUUACUUCUAUACCGCAAAGUAUAUUUUAAAAUAUUUUCAAUUAUAGAAUAUUGUAAAAUAAAAUAGAGCUUUGUUACAUUCGUCUUCUCCAACCGUUUUGAAAGAAAAAUUGUAUGUGCCAAACACUUUGUUUUAAUGUUUAUUGCACACCUAACCUUAAUAAUCUCUUUUUAUAUAAUGAUUAUAAUACUACGUUACUUGUUUUCUCUUAAGUACCGAUAUUGACGAUUUGAUAAUUAUUUUGAAUAUAAUUAAAUAUGAUUUAUUAUAAGUCGAAUUGUUUAUAUUGACAAAGUUUUCAAAAAUAUUAUUGUGUAGCUGUCAAUAUAAAUUUGUAUGAUGUUUUUGUCAGAAUUAAGUGCGAACAAUUUUUCUUGUAAUUGGUUUGAAAAAAAAUUGCCCAUUUGUAACACUCAAAACCUCUGAAUAUUGAUAAUUUAUUUGUAUAGUACUGGCUGUUCUAAAUUUUAUAUUAUUAUUUAGAAUUUUUAACCGUUAAAUUGCAGAUAUAAUUGGAAAAAAGAAGGAUAAAGACGUCCCAUCAUAUAUUGAAAAGGAAAUGUAUAUAAAUAAUAGAGGAAACAGUAAAUGUAUUGAAAUUGCACGUUUCCUAGAAACUGAAAACUCUCAAGAUGCCUUUUGCGAUAAUCACACAGAAAUAUGGAACGCUGAUGUACAAAUUGAGAAUCAUAUUGAAAAUCCCUAUUAUCCAAAAAGGAAGAAAGGUAACAAUAGAAAAAUAAGAUUUUGUACUUACAUUUGAUCAGAGGCUAUUUUUAUUACAUUUUCUCAGUGUUUGAAGAACACGCGUUCAAUAUUUCGUCAACGACCCAUGAAAGCAUUAAAUUAUUAGAUAACUAUGGCGUAGUCACGAUUUAUCAAUAGAAGGAAAGGAGUUGUAUAAAAAAAGAUCGGUUCUAUACCAGAAACCAGGAGUCCGGAUUCGGGAGUUAGGAGUCAGGAGUCGGGAUUUGGGAGUCGGGAUCAAGGCACAGGUGCUAUCCAAUCUAUAUUCAACUAUAAUAUCCACCACGUACUAUUUAGACCAUGGCUUCAUCCAAAAUUUUGUUUCUUUUCCAAUAAAUUCCACCGGACUGGGGGGUGUCGGGUUAGUAUUGCUUACAUCAGCCCAGAACCCUUUUUUAACUGGAUAGGUUCUCGAUGCUUAGCAGCCAGAUUAGUAGCUUCUGCAGCCUGUUCGUUUUUCGUUCCUUGUCAUAAUCGCUUAGAUCAUGGCGAGAAAGUCCUUUCUUAUACACACCGCCGUCUCGAUUAGUUUUGCGAUAUCAGGCGGCACUGGUCGUCCCACAACCCAUCUAGGCCACAGUUCCACAGGACGUCUAAUGUGUUAGAUAGCACCCGCGCCUUGAUUUCGACUCCCGAUUCCCGAUCCCGGCCUCUAACUCUUAAAUCCCGGUUGCCGACUUAUGACUCCCGACCCAAAACCACUGUAUAUAUCUUACUGACGGGAUUAGGAGAUUUAGGCGUUUAA